UUCCUUCUGUUUGGUUACCGAACAAAUUAACCGAGGAAAACGAAAGAAAAAUUGAUUUCAUUCGCGACCCAUUUGAAUUAUGAUCGAUUGAGUGAGCGUUCUUGCUCUGCGAGCUCCCGAAUAGAGAAAAAGUAGGAUAAUUACCAUAGAGGUGUUUCCUUUAGCUUUCUAAGCGAGUGGAGCAUUAGGGUUUUGUGUCGCUUGAACUUAGUUAUAAUUAUCUUUGAGCUCAAUUCACUGUGUGAGACUCUUGUAAUUGAUAUCUAGGUUCCGGAUAAUACUACACUGUUGGUCGAUUUUGCGGCAACUGGUGACUGGCUAUGGCUUUGGACGAAGAUACGGAGCAGGAAUUUGCACCACAGAAAAAGAAACCACCUACUGAGGAUGAGAAAAGGAGAAAGAAAAUUGUGCCUGGAAGUUUGAUGAAAGCUCUGGUGAGGCCUGGUGGGGGUGAUUCAAGGCCUUCAGAUGGUGAUCAGGUCAUAUAUCAUUGCACCGUCCGGACGUUGGAUGGAGUUGUUGUCGAAUCUACUAGGUCAGAAUAUGGAGGCAAAGGCACCCCGAUACGACAUGUUUUGGGAAAAAGCAAGAUGAUAUUGGGAUUGCUGGAAGGAAUUCCUUCAAUGUUGAAGGGUGAAGUGGCAAUGCUCAAGAUGAAACCUCAAUUGCACUAUGCCGAGGAUGAUUGUCCAGUUUCAAUUUCCAAUAACUUUCCAAAGGAUGAUGAACUUCAUUUCGAGAUUGAGAUGAUAGAUUUCUUCAAAGCCAAAGUUGUUAGUGAUGAUUUGGGAGUUGUAAAGAAGGUAAUAAAUGAAGGGCAGGGUUGGGAAUCACCAAGAGAACCCUAUGAAGUAAAAGCUUGGAUUUCAGCGAAGAGAGGUGAUGGGAAAUUGAUUAUGUCACAUACAGAGGGAGAGCCAUAUUUCUUUACUUUGGGAAAAUCAGAGGUACCGAAAGGUCUUGAGAUGGGAAUUGGAACGAUGACACGGGGAGAGAAGGCAGUGAUAUAUGUCACCAGUCAGUACUUAACUCAAUCUCCUUUAAUCCCCAUGAUAGAUGGUUUUGAAGAAGUUAAUUUUGAGGUGGAGCUUGUCCACUUCAUUCAGGUGCGGGACAUGCUUGGAGAUGGGCGCCUAAUAAAACGCAGGAUUCGUGAUGGGAAAGGCGAGUUUCCAAUGGAUUGCCCUCUUCAUGACAGUCUACUUCGCGUCCAUUACAAGGGCAUGCUUCCUGAUGAAGAAAAGAGGGUCUUCUAUGAUACGAGAGUUGAUAACAAUGGUCAGCCUUUGGAGUUCAGUUCUGGAGAAGGGCUUGUGCCUGAGGGAUUUGAAAUGAGUGUUCGUCUGAUGCUACCUGGCGAGAUAGCUCUUGUCACAUGUCCACCUGAUUAUGCAUAUGACAAAUUCCCAAGGCUAGCUAAUGUUCCUGAAGGUGCUCAUGUUGAAUGGGAAAUUGAACUUCUUGGUUUUGAGAUGCCAAAGGAUUGGACUGGCUUGAACUUCAAAAGUAUAAUGGAUGAAGCAGAGAAGAUCAGACACACGGGUAACAGACUCUUCAAAGAUGGAAAAUUUGAACUUGCUAAAGCAAAGUAUGAGAAGGUGCUUCGGGAAUUUAAUCAUGUCAAUCCACAAGAUGAUGAUGAAGGGAAGGAGUUUGUAAAUGCACGAAAUCUACUACAUCUGAAUGUGGCUGCAUGCCAGCUGAAAAUGGGAGAAUGCAGAAAGUCCAUUGAGACAUGCAAUAAGGUUUUAGAUGCAAACCCUGCACAUGUGAAGGCUCUGUAUCGCCGUGGAAUGGCCUACAUGGCAGCUGGAGAUUUUGAGGAAGCAAGGGGUGAUUUCACAAUGAUGAAGAAAGCUGACAAGUCAUCUGAAGCUGAUGCAACAGCUGCUCUUCUAAAAGUGCAGCAGAAAGAGCAGGAAGUUGAGAGGAAGGCUCGGAAACAAUUUAAAGGACUAUUUGACAAGAAGCCAGGGGAAAUUUCUGAUGUUGGAGAGAAAGAAGAUCAUAAUACAGGUGAAAACCAGAACAACGUUGAUAAGGAUGAUUCAGAUACAGAGAGUUCAGACGAAUCACAUGAAGCUGCAGCAGAUGCAGGACGAAGGGGUUGGUUCUCCAUGUUCUGGCCUAAUGGUAGACUAUUUUCAGGUCUUGGACUGCAAAGAUGCUCCAUAUUAUGAUUUUACUGUCAAAAUAACAUCCUGGGGCUGGGCAUCUUAUGAUACAAGUUGUUCCUACCCAUUGGUUGCAGUGGUUAAAUUUGGUUGGCUGCUGCAGAAACCGAGAAAGUACGCUAAAGAAUCAAGUGGAACAAACAUAAAUAUAAUAAAUACAAAAUAGCAAGUGAAUGGAUUAUUUUAAGGAUCGGUUUGUAGGAAAUUUCUGUCCUUAUCUUAUAUGUCAGAGACCCCUUUUAGAUUUAUGUAUUCGAAUGAUGGUUGGUAGCGGAAGAUCCACAUUCAGUGCAUUUCUUAC